UAUAUAUAGCAUCAGAAUCAGAAAAAAAGAAAAAUAUAGGGGCGCUUGAAAAUAUAUACAUAUAUACUGGUAUACAUAUAAACAUGCAUCCCCGGAAAGAACUUUGCCGGAACUUCCAGCGUGGCUACUGUCAAUAUGGCGAACGUUGCAGAUUUCUUCAUGCUAGUCAACAACAGCAAGCAAAGCCAAACCCUUUUGGACUUGGUACACAAAGCAGUUUAACGUUUCCGAAUACUAAUAGUUCUCAACCUCAAAAACCCAAUCCGUUUGGGUUCGGUGUUAAGAAUAAUAGCCAAACCACAUUUAACUCUAAUCAGUUCAAGCCUGGUGAAAAUAAGUGGAGUCGAUUUGGCCCAACAAAUGCUCCAGCCUCACAAAAAGAGGAUAAGCAGUCUUCGGCACUUAACCACGUGUGCACAGAUUCAGAGUCCUGCAAGAGUCAAAUUGCUGAAGAUCUUAAAAAUGAGAAACCAGUUUGGAAACUUACAUGUUACGGUCACUCUAGAAAUGGCCCUUGUGACAUUGUUGGAGAUAUUAGCUAUGAAGAAUUACGAGCUGUUGCAUAUGAUGAAGUUAAACGUGGGACGGGCAUUCAGUCGAUUGUGGAGAGAGAGAGGAGCUUACUUAGUUCCAAGUUGAUUGAAUUUGAAAAUCUACUUCGUAAUCCCUACCCACCUCCACAAAAUUCAACCCUUACUACCCAAAAUGCCUUUCCCAGAACUAAUGUCCCUUCUUCGGCUCCGGGUUUCAACCAAGUGGGUACAAACUUCAAUUCUGGAGCUAAUACAAAUUUAUUCUCUCAAACAAUGCAAAAUAUAGGCCCAACUCCGGUUACAAGUUUCAGUCAAUUGAAUACAAGUUUUCAAAUGAGUUCGGCUGCCUCAAAUAAUGCUUUUGGGCCAGUAAGUCAGUUCCAAGCUCCUACUCAGAUUUCAACUGCAUCCCAGAACACCUUUGCUUUUGGAAUUCCAGGUCAACUGAGCAGUCAACCCUCUCAACAGUCAUUUGUUAGCUCCUUCCCUGCCUCGGCAAGUAGCUUUACCAACCAGUUCCCUGUCGCUGCAACUUCACCAAAUCUUGAUUCGGUACAUCAACAGCCAUCUGGGCCAUUUGGUGUACAAAACCCUUCUGCUAAUGCACCUCCUGGAGCAGUUUCAAGCUUACAAAUGACGCAAAACCUUCCAAGUGCAAGUAGUGAUAACGAUAACAGUAUAUGGUUAAAAGACAAAUGGAGAGCAGGAGAGAUUCCUGAAGAAGCCCCUCCAGACGGAGUCGUUUAUUAGCGAAGAAGAAAGUUUCAUUUUUUUUUGUCCCUUUCCAUGGAAAUAUAUCAGAACUUUAUGUAGUUAAUUUUUAUUUAUUUAUUUUUUCGGGGACCAAACUGUAGCCUUUUAUACAAAUGAAAUGUCAUAAAAAUGACAAGAAAAUUAUGAGUUC